AUGCCACCACGCACCCCCAUCCUCGAUCCUCGCCGAGCCGGCCGUCUCGCCCUCACUGUCGUCAAAGCCACGGCCCUCUACCAUGUCAUCUCCCACUAUGCCUUCUCCCUCACGCCUGCCGAAGGCGCCUCCAUGCUCCCUACCCUCGACGUAAUGGGCCAAUGGGUCCUAGUUUCUAUGCGCCACCGCCAUGGCCGCGAUGUCCACGUUGGCGACCUCGUUACUUACGAUAUUCCCGUUUCGCGUGAUUGGUGCGGCCUCAAACGCGUCGUUGGCAUGCCUGGAGAUUACGUCGCUCUUCAUCCGCCCGGUACAGCACCUGGUGCCCACGAUGAUAUGAUCCAAGUCCCUGCUGGCCACUGCUGGCUUGUCGGUGACAACCUCACUGUUUCUAGGGAUAGCCGAGACUUUGGGCCGGUGCCUCUAGCCUUGGUCAAGGGCAAAGUCUUAGCCACCCUAUUCCCUUUCAAGUGGAUAGGGAGUGGCCUCAAGAAGGUUGAGUAG